CUGUGUUCAGAGUCACACUAUAUAGAGUGUUCUCGAUUCCGUAGCACCCACUGCCUACUGUCUUUCAGAAGCAAUGAAGUCUCUAUUGUUCACUCUUAUACUCUUUAUCCUUCUGGUCCAGUUGGUCUCAGGUAAUUGGAAUGUGAGAAAGUGUGCAAACAAAGCUGGAAAUUGCAGAAGCACAUGCAGAAAUGGAGAGAAAAUGAUAAAUCCUCCUACCGGGAUGUGCAGCAAAGAAAAAUUAUGCUGCAUUCUGGAUGAUGGCUGUUCUACACCUUCAGUGAAAAACACUCCUAGUGGCGGUAGUGGUAUGAUAUCUGCAGCUACAGAAGGAUCUACAACAGGCAGUUCUUGAACAUUUCAGCCUCUGUCUCCUGACCUAGGGUCCCUGAUUUAUUAAAGCAAAGGGCC